AUGAGGUUUGUUACCUCAAGAUCAGAUCCCUCAUUGUUUUUCAGACUUCAAAAUCAAUCAGUCAUCAUCCUCCUAGUCUAUGUUGAUGACAUUAUUAUUACAGGAAAUUCAGAAAAUGAGAUUCAGCACAUUAUUCAUGAAUUCCAAAAAAUCUUCUCCAUUAAGGAUCUUGGGAAGCUGACUCACUUCUUGGGUAUUGAAGUGUCUUAUGGUUAUCAGGGAAUUGUCUUGAACCAAGAACAAUAUGUUUCUGAAAUUUUAGGCAAUCUCAAGAUGCAGGAAGCCAAGGGUGUUAGCUCUCAAAUAGUAUCACAUCCUCUGUUGUCCAAGUUUGAUGGGCAACCAAUGGACAACCCUAAACUUUAUAGGAGUGUUGUUGGUGCAUUGCAGCAUAAUACCAUCACUCGACCUGAGAUUGCCUACAGUGAUAAUAAACUUAGCCAAUAUAUGCAAACACCAUUACACACCCGCUGGAAGGCUCUAAAAAGAGUGCUAAGAUAUCUAGCUGGGACCCUCAACUAUGGUCUUCACAUAAAAGCAGGGCCUCUUCACUUAGGGGGCUUUGCAGAUGUGGAUUGA